AUGGCGACCUCCCAGAUCUUCAACCUUUUAGACCUCGAUAAGUCCGAGAGCGGCAAGGAGAACAGAGGCCAGUUCUGCGGCCUCGUCGGGCCCUCGGACGCCUGGAAAUCCACCAUCAUGGCCCUCGUCCAACGCAUGUACACACGGGGCGCCGACAUCCCCGGGCUCUUCACCACCAGCUUCCGUGACGACAUAGCCGUCGUGCCGUAG